AUGCGGGAUGCUUUGGCUUCGUGUUAUGCCAAGAACGCUGUCACGGUGACUCAUUUGACUCAGCAGGUGUGUGGCUGUGUAUUUACAGAUGUGUGGGAUGCCUCUGUGAUUCAGCAGGCUGCAGUAAUCCUGGCUUUCCUGAAGGAAGAUAAGAGCCCCAUAUAUCCAGAUCCUCUGCCGCUAGAACCCACUUCCGGCGAAGAGGAAACCUACGGCAAUGCUGGGGCUUCGAAUCCCGCUCACGGAUAUCAAGAAUCGUUUCAGGAGCCCUCUGGAUACUUCCAGGAGCAGUCUGGACUCUCUCACGGACAUUCAGAGUCUUCUUUCAGUCCUCCGGAGUCCUCGUAUGUGUCUAUAGAGGCUGAUUCUGGCCAGUCAGAGUCCUCUUUCAGUCCUCCGGAGUCCUCCUAUGUUUCUAUAGGGGCUGAUUCGGGCCAUUCAGAGUCCUCUUAUAUCUCUCCGGAGUCCUACGUUUCGCCAGAGUCCUCUUACAUCCCUGCAGAGUCCUCUUACAUCCCUGCAGAGUCACAGUACCCGUCUCCGGAGGGAUCUUAUCCUCCGCCAGUGUUUGACUUCGCGAACUCUGUCUUCAACCGGCAGAAAAGGGCGCUGGGAGCCGAACUGGAUGAGGUUAAUGAACUGACGAGGCUGCUGAUGUCCACCGUCACCCAGCUGGACACCGACGGCUGUGUCCUGAAGCUCCUGUGUCACCUGGACACCAAGGGACAGGAGGAACGAACCCUGCAGGAAAAUGUCUUCUUCCGUUUGUUUACUAGUAGCUCCAAUACACUCGCCGCCUACAACGACGCCAUCUUGGCUGCCCGCGGGCGGGAAAGUUGUGACGAGGUGUUCCCCAAGUGUCCCCUGACGGUGGAGGAGCUCGGCAGACUCCUGCAGCAGACAUCAGCCUGCAGCAGCAGCAACAGCUCUCCUACCUAACUCUGUGCCAGCAGACCUGCUCGCAGCAGUCUGCUCCCUACGUGAGACGUUAAAAACCUCCUUUCUAACACUCAUAUAUCAUCCCUGUAUAUUAUAUCAUUACAAUAUUCCAUUCUUUAAGUUAUUUAUCAUUCUAUUCCCCUAAGGUGGCUCAGUGGUUAGCGUCAGUGCUUGGGAUUCUCUGGGUCGCGGGUUCGAGGCCUUUCAGAGUUCCCAAAUGAUGUUUCCUAUCCUUUCAUUCUAUUGAAGUCUCUCCCACAACCCCACAGUCACUCUCAGAUCAGGUUAGGUUAAGCAGGUUUAGUUAAGACUGAAUAGGUCACG